AUGACAGACAGACAGUUGCCCCCAAUACAACUACCUCCUCCAAACGUUUCCCAGCACCAGCCACAAUCACAUCUUUUAAAUCAACACCGUCCCACCCAUCCGUCCUUGCCUCCAUCUUCCCUGCUUCUCUCCAAUACAUUUGGUGGUCCUUCUAAUACUAGUGCCUUCCCUUCCGCCCAACCGAUUACUGCUCCACUCUCUGUUCCUUAUAAUCCAGAACCCGCACCAAUGGCUAUGCCCAUGUCGUCACAAAUAGCACAAGCACAACCACAACCACCGGUUCCAGCUCCAGUUCCGGGAUCUCAGGUUCAAGUCACAUCUAUGUCUACAUCACCACCAACCUAUAAUCGAAAUAAUAACGGUAAUGCCAAUGCUUCGCCCUCACCGAGCUCACCAAAUGGAAACCAAUACGACAAACCUCUGUCCAGAAGAGGGCCUUGGUCCCCUGACGAGGAUAAGAAACUCAUGGAACUUAUAUCGAUUUAUGGUCCAUCAAAUUGGGUGAAAAUCUCUAAAUCACUUAUGACUCGGAGUCCCAAACAAUGCCGUGAGAGAUACCACCAGAAUCUCAAGCCUUCGUUGAACAGAACACCCAUAACUUUAGAAGAAGGUGAAUUGAUUGAAAAGUAUGUUGGCAAAUACGGCAAAAAGUGGGCAGAAAUCUCUCGACAUUUAAAUGGACGUAGUGAUAAUGCCAUUAAGAAUUGGUGGAAUGGAGGAGCUAACAGAAGAAGAAGAUCACAUCACAAAGAUGACUUUAUAGAAAAGAAAAAUAAUUCUCAUAAUAGCCUAGUGGAUUUAAAUAAAACGGCAUUAAUUAAUUCAUCACAAACGGCUGCCGCUUCUGCUGCAGCUUCUGGUUCUGGUUCUGCAACAACAAUGGGGACGACUACUACAGGAGGAAGUGUUCUUCCAACACCUUCGACAUCGACAUCAACAGCAACGUCAUCCUCAUCAGCAAGAUCGAGUAUUUCAGCUAAUUCCUCAAAUGGCACUUCAGCUUCUGCCUUAUCUACGGGUCGUGCAGGCUUUGAAUUCUCCAGACAUUCACUGGUUUCUCAUCAUGCAAACACACCACAAACUUUAAAUACUUCUAAUGGAGUUCCAGGGAUUCCGGUAAUGACCCCAUUAUUCCCUAUGGGUGGUAACGGAGCUAAUGGAGCUACUGGAGCUACUGGUGUUGGGGGAGUCAAUCGCAUUUCAUUUAACACAUCGAUGUUUUCUAAUGAUCCCAACCAAAAUGCGUCCAUGCAAGAUUCCACUCAACUUUCAUCAACUGCCCCUGACUUUAGAUUUGGUCGUUCUGCCAGUUUGGAUCAUCCACAUGCCCCACAUAUCAGUCUUCCUCCAUUGAACCCAAAAAGACGACUUUUGGAUGAACAAAGAAGACAUUCGGCAGCAGCCGCAGCCGCAGCCGGUUCUUCUCAGAAUCCAAUCUAUUUAUCGAAUUCAAACUACUCGCAUCCUAAUUUGGCCAAUCAUCCUGGAAAUUCCUUUUUUAUAACCCCAAUCACCAGUAAUCAACCCGCUGGCGGGCCUGCAGCAGCAGCAGCAGCAGCAGUGGCUGUGGCGGCGGCGACAGUAGCCACAAUAGUAGCGGCAUGGCUAAUAGCAGCUGCAUUAAAGUAA